AUGAGCAUUAAGAGUGGCAAGGCGAUGGCGAAGGCUCUAAAAAAGAUGGGUAAGCUGACAUUACCGAGAGAGAAGAAAAAAGAUAAGAAAGCACCGACGAUAGAAGGAGAUGAUUACUGGGAUGAAAAGCCUAAAUGGAAUCAUGUCUUUGACGAGGAUCCUAACGAUACAAGUCAAUCUGAUUUUAUCUGCACUGAAAGCGAUCCAAUGGAAAAAGUUCAUCAGAGACCUGUAGCCCAAUCUGCACGAACUGUGGCCCAGUCAGCAAGAAAGAGACCACAAGGAGCGGAUGCAGCUCAAUCUAAUCACGGAAUGACCAGCACUAACCGCCUAACAUUACCAAGAGGAUCCUCUCCACAUGCCUCACCGGAAAGCAAAGCUGAAGUUGCGCGACUCGAAGCAGAGGUGAGCAGACUGAAGUUGCUCUUGCGAGACAAGUCCUCGGGUGCCAAAGCUCUUUCCGUCGACGCGACGGCUCGUGCAUUUAUGCUAGAGGACUCAUCGUCAUAUCCCACAUUAGAGCCGUUCACGUCGAGAAAGGAGAAAUUCGCACUGUUAGAUAAAGCGAUCGAGAACUACGAUGGAGCAGCUAUGACUCGCAUCGUCAUUUGGAUCAAGCACAGUCUUGGCCGAGACGAGUCUUACCUCAAUGAGCUUCGAGCGCGGCCUGAUGCAAUGAACCACUACAUAUCGUAUUUGCGCGAGAUGAAGGAGUUCGACGAGCUAUCCGACUUGCUGGGUAUCUUAAAUCGCCCUGAAGAGGAGGCCUUUCUCGAUUAUCAGCGCAAGCUUGAACAAAGCCGACCUGGCAAGAUGCGCGCCGAAAAACUCAAAGACACGCUAAAAUUCCAGUUUCAAUCUCAGCGCGAACUGCAAGUUGAAUCUGAAUUGAUUGACGAGCAAAUCCGCCUGAUCGAAAAACAACUUGUCAUUGCCGAAAAGGACAAGUCAAAUAAGAUGAUCCCAGCCGAGGCACAACUCAAAGUUGACGACACUUUAUGUUCUACGCUCUGGUAUGCGAAUAUGUAUAGUGCUGGCGAUAAGAACACCCUUUCGUCUCCCGACACACUGGCUGCUGAUUUUAACGUCAGAGACGCAGAAAAAGAUUGGAUAGCGUUGACGGCUCUAGCCAAACAGCAGAACUGGGAUCAGAUUGAGCUCUUGGUCCGUAAGUCUGGAGGACUUCUAGGCUCCUUCUCCACGGGCCCGAAAUAUCAGACAUCCAUCAAGCUACCUAACUUGGUGAACCUCUGUGGUCAAAACGAAAUGCCUAUAGAUAGGCUGAGAAAGUUCAUUGUUGCGAUUGAGGAUAUCGAUGAUAGAAAACAAGCUGCGAAAAAGUGGAAUGACCAUACUACUGCUCUUGAGGUUCGCGAUGCCAAGAACGAACAGGUCGUAUUCGAAAAAAACCGAAUGACCUUCAGGAGUGUCGCUGAAGAAGAAAACAAAGAGAAGCACUACUGCAAUGAGAUCGAACUUUUCGGCGCGAUCGACCCUGACCAAUCCAGAUACGUAAACACCGGCCGGGUUGUCCGUUGCGUGAUGACCCGCGCAGAAGAGGGCGAGUACUGGCCUCGAUUGACCAAAGAGAAAAUUCGAAUUCACUGGCUCAAAGUUGACUUUGGUCGAUGGAAGGAUGAGGACGAUUCCGAUGACGAGGAUAAGGCUGGUGCCGAUUUUGAGCUGAAUGACAUGCUCUCGGGAUUACGCGUUGAUAAGGACGGCAACAAACAGUCUAUGACUGACUUUGAUGACCUCGACGACGAUUCCGACGAUGGCGAGAUUGACGGCAUCGAGGAUUACUGA